AUGGCGAUGAGCUUGUUUGAAGACAUGGAGAAGCUUGUUGAGCUUGCAAAUAUUAUGAGGAUAAGUGCCAAAACAAUCAUACGAUUUCAGUAUAAACAGCAAAUUAAGAUGUCUGCUUAUGCUGUCAUCGGGGCUGUUGCAGGGAUUGUCGUUCUACUGGUAAUCGUAGUUACAAUUUACUGCACAUUCUCAGGAAAAGCGAAGAAACAAGCAGACAUUCUACCCACUGAGACAUUUGAAGCAUACGAGAAUCCUAUAUGGAAGAAAACAGAGGUUGAACAUCGAGAAUCUUUAGAAAGCCUAGCUGACAUAGCUCAAUCGAUGAAAGUGUUCAAUUUCAUCGAGUUGCAAUAUGCAACAGAUGACUUCAGCUCUGGUUCACGAAUUUAUGGCUCGGUUUAUCGGGGUAAAAUAAAUGGUGAUCUAACUGCCAUUAAAAAGAUGAAAGGGGAUGUGUCUAAGGAAAUUAGUUCCCUGGCAAAGAUCAAUCAUUUCAACCUUCUUCGUGUUCUAGGUGUUUGUUUCAAUGAUGGGCACUGGUACCUCGUACACGAGUAUGCAUCGAAUGGGCGUCUCAGCGACUGGAUUUUCAGCAGUAAUACUAAUCAGAAGUUUUUAAGUUGGACACAAAGGAUGCAGAUCGUGUUAGACGUUGCUAGAGGGCUUAAUUACAUCCAUAGCUAUAACAGUCCUCCUUAUGUCUACAAGGAUGUGAAGAGCAGAAAAAUUCUGCUUGACAGUGAUUUUCGAGGAAAAAUCAGUAAAUUCAGUCCAGCAAGCGCGGGAGAAGGACAGAAAGGUCAAAGUGUGACUGAACAAGUUUAUGUUUCACCAGAGUACCGAGAGAAAGGUGAACUCUCGCCAAAACUAGAUGUCUAUGCAUUUGGGAUACUAAUGCUAGAGGUGGUCACAGGAGAAAAGGCUGUUGAUCUGUAUGGAAGGCUUGAUGGGAAUAUUUUAGAGGUUUUUGUGGGUGUAUUUGAUGAAACAAAAGGAAAGGAUCGGCUGAGAAGCCUGAUUGAUCCUUCGUUAAAAGGAAAUUAUCCUUCUGAACCUGCUAUUUCUUUAGCUAGAUUGAUAGAGGUUUGUCUAAAUAGAGAUCCAUCAAGUAGGCCAGAUAUGGAAGAAAAUAUAAGAUGUUCAAAUGCAAUUUUUCUGUACAACGACAAGAGUUUAGCAACUGAAUAA